AUGUUUGAUUUUUUGAAAUAUUUUUUUAUCAACAUUUUGUUGAUUGUUUGUGUUUGUGCUCUUGAUAUUCUAUUGGAAAGCGAUUCAGUCACCGUGUCUAACAGACUUAAUGAUGGCUAUCAAAACAUUAACGAUAUCGACUUAAAUGAUAAAAAUUACGGAUUGUACCAUACAUCGAAACAUGUGUUUUACUGGCUUUACACGAGAUAUAAUACCGAAGGUGAACUUUUAAACAGAAGUGAACCACACUUGAUCGAGUCCACAACGUUCAAUGCAUCGAAUCCAAUUAAAGUAAUAGUGCACGGUUGGCUUGGCAAUACUCAAGAAAAAGAUAGUCUUUGUAUGUCCAACGUCAAUUCUUAUUUUAAGGUGGGCGAAUAUAAUGUGAUUUGUGUGGAUUGGAAACAGUAUUCGACUGAUUUAUCAUAUUCAGUUGCAAGAUCACGAGCCAAACACAUUGCUCACGAUAUAGCUAAAAUCCUGACCAGGAUAACGUAUGACUUGACAGAAGGGGUUGAGACUUUGCAUUUGAUCGGACACAGCAUGGGAGCUCAUAUUGUCGGAUUCGUAGGGAAAGAAUUGACCAAUAAGAUUCCUAGAAUUACCGGAUUGGAUCCUGCGAAGCCACAAUACGAAAACAAAGGCCCAGCAGACAGACUCUAUAUUACCGAUGCACAUUUUGUAGACAUCAUGCAUACUAAUAGUGGCAAUAAUGGGUUUACAAAAUCAAUCGGCCAUAUCGAUUUCUUCCCAAAUGGAGGAAAGAGACAACCCGGUUGCGGAUUUUCAGACAAAACUACUGGUUCGUGUAGUCAUAUCAAAGCCUAUCAUUACUACGCACACUCCAUUUGGGCCAAAGAAGAUUAUGUUUCGCUUAAAUGUCCCAGUUGGGAUGACUAUAAAGCGCACAAGUGUGACAACGCCAACAGCACUUUUAUGGGCGAGCACGUGGACAUAGAGCAAACCGAAGAUUAUUAUUUGGAAGCGUGGGCAGAAGAUUGA